AUGAAUCACAUUGAUACCGUACAUGUGUCAAUUGAACCAUUCCUAUCAAGUAUAAAUAGCUUGGACGAAAUUUCGGGAGAAAUGAUUAUAACUCUCAUGCUGAAUAUGACAUGGAAAGAAGAGCGAAUGACUUGGGUCCCGGCUGAGUAUGACAAUAUGUCCUCAUUGGUGAUGGAGAGCGAAGAUUUAUGGAAACCCAAGUUGUAUCUACGUCAGUCUGCGUUCAAUGUAGAACAAAUUGGAGAAAUGAAUAACAACCUGAAAGUAGUUCAUAAUGGUGAUGUGAUAUGGAGUACCGGAAACGUUAUUAGAUUCAUAUGUCCAGUUGAUGCCACGUACUUUCCAUAUGAUAAUCAAACCUGCGAGUUGAGUUUUUCAAGCCUUUCGCAUUCUGCAAAGGAAAUGACAUUGAAUGCCAGGUCAGAGGAAGUCAACAUAUCAUUCUACAGCAUCAACAGUCAAUGGGAAUUCACAAACGGACCAGUGCAUAUUUCAAAUGCCAUUAUCUUUAAUAUUGACCUAAAAAUAAAACGGAAAAGCGGGUUUCUAACGGUCUACAUCAUAAUCCCAUUGGUAUUUCUUGGAUGUAUAAACGGCUUUGUGUUCCUCAUGCCAGCAAGUAGCGGUGAAAGAACCUCGGUAGCAAUUACUGUGUUCUUAUCUUUUGUUGUCUACAUGCAAGUGAUUCAUAACCAAGUUCCACAGAGCUCCGCUCCCGUGCCGUAUAUAUUCUACUACAUCUUAACUCAGAUGAUCUACAGUGUGCUCGUGUUGUUUCUUUGUAUCAUAUCUCUACGCGUACACAGCCACACUGACGAAGUUCCGAAAGGGUUGAAAAUACUUGUAUCUGUACUUAGAUGUCGUUGCAAAACGUUUGCCGGAAAAAAGUGCAUCAAACAAACAGCGGAAACAAAACCUGGUAGCGCUCUAGUGAAGGUUGGCCUCGAGGAAAAUGCAAGGGAAACAUUAUCAGACUUUGAAUUAGAAACAACAGACGGAUACAAAAGAAAAGAAAUUACAUGGAAAGUAGUCGGUGAUACAUAUGAUAUUUUCUGUUCUGUGAUAAUGUCUGGUGCAUUCUGGACCUUCUCUGGUGUGUCAAUUAUGCAGAUGUAUCUAAACAUUGGCUUAAUAAGUGAACCUCUAUGA